AUUAGUGGUCAUUGCGAUCAUGCAUCGCUCACUGAAACCACACACACAAGCUAAAAAGAUUACAAAAGUCGCCCCACCAGCCCUUCCAGGAGAUCCUGUUCCCUCACCAUCAUCGUACCAGCAACAAGUAGGAUUAUACCGUUUACCGACAAAUGCACCGAAUACUGCCUGUAAAGCACAGUUGGAGGAUGGUAUUAUAAUGAGUAAUAUGGUUUCAUCGCCAUCGCUCGAGGAAGGCGGCUUUAAUUUGCCUCGGGAGCCCACAGUGGCAUUGCGAAUAAAAGACGAAAUUGGAGAAUAUUCAUCGUCCGCUAUGGCAUCUUCGGGUUCUUCACAAGCAGCCAUACCGGGUACAACCGGUGCUAAAAGUAUGCCACCUGGGGUCAAUACGAAUACCCUAAUACCUGGAGUUCCACCAGUCUUUUGUGCUACAUUGCGAGAGCCGUUAACACACAAAGCCGCCGUUUAUUACCAUCAACAAUUGGCACUGCAAGAGGAUCAGGGAAUUGAUCUAACCCAAUCGCCGGGCCGAGAUUCUCCCGGCUCCUCAUCUGGUUCAGCAGGUUCUGGAUCACGACACUCAACAGCCAGUUUAGAUUCGGGUAGAGCAUCAUCAUAUUUAACAGGAGUUUCUGGGGCAGGAUCAAUACGUAGUAGUGGAGGUGGGGCCCUCUCAUCACCACGAUGUAGCUCCUUAAGUUCAUGUUCGAUUGGCUCCAUGGAUCGACAGCGUAAUGAAGAGUUGAUUGUAGAUUGGCUGAUGGAAAUGAAAUAUGAAGAGUAUGCACAACUUUUCAUUGCGGCAGGAUAUGAUUUGCCAACAAUAGCAAGAAUGACUCCGGAAGAUUUAACAGCCAUUGGCAUUAAAAAUCCACACCAUCGUGAACGUAUCAAGCAGCGAAUCGACAAACUACAAGUUUUAGACAAUCUGCCACAUUUCGUACCGGGAUCUAUUGAAGAAUGGUUACAACUACUUCGUUUGGAGGAGUACUUGCAGCCUUUAUUGGAUCAAAAUUAUAAAACUGUCCGCGAGGUUACUCAAGUAACAUGGGAAGAUCUGGAAGAUAUUGGUAUUGUCAAGCUCGGACAUCAAAAGAAAAUCUUGCUUGCCAUAAAACGUGUUAAGGAUAUAAUAAGCGGAAAAUGGAAUCCCGGGGGGUCAAACCUCUAUAACCAGGUAAAUACUCCUUGGCAACAUUUACCACCCACCCCAACUUAUUUACCCACUGCCCGUGUUUCGUGGGAUGAUUCUAAAAUUUACGCCAAUACUUCUGCAAUGCCAGACACCACAUACACAUGCUACAAUAGUAGCCAAGAAUGUUGUAAUGACAAUGAUGUUGUAUUAAUUAAGGUACGUCAACCACGAGGUAAAAGUUUGGAAUCUCUUGAAGAUAUACACGACAACAGCACUCGAAGCCACUUGACAUUCAGUCAUUACACAACCACGGACUAUGGUCAUUUUGGACACCCAUCGCAAGUUCAGCCACACCAAGUCAUGCAACAGCAACAUCAUUUACAACAAGUCACUUUGGCAGGAGCAACGGUAGGUGCACCUCAGCGAAUCCUAAGCAAUCCAAGCACAAUGAAUUGGCGCCGUUCUUAUGAUGAUGGUGACAUAACACCCACAAAUGAUGCUGCUGCCAGAGAAUUGAUGUAUGAAGAUGGAGGAGGAACAUUACCUCGCCAACAGCGUGGGAUUCUUCAGCGUGCUGUUCUGAAUACUAUGCCUCCGCUGGAACAACAUCAUUACAUGAAUGCUGCUGCGGCAGAAUAUGUCUGUCAUGCCGCCGGACUCGGAGGCACAGGUGCAAAUGUUGCAGGUAGCACUGCAUCCUCCGCUAACGUAAUCGACAACGCCAAUAUAAACAAUCCGUAUAUAGCGGGAAGCCCGAUGGUCGGUAAAAAAAUAGCACCAGAACCCCCAAGACGUCAUUGUAGUAUACGAAACUCACGAACAAUAAGUCAAGAUGGUUCACAUUUAAAUGCUGUUUCAAAUACUGUUGGACAUGGUCUUGCGGCAAACAUGUAUUACAGCUCUGUGGGCGUCUCUAACGCGUCUACGAGUAUACAUCCCCAUGCUGCAUAUUUACAGCAGCAGGCUGCUCAGCCAAUUUAUGCAAACUAUGCUACAAUACAACAAACAACAGCAGAAAUACACUGCGAAAAAACCCAUGAUAAUAAGUCCAAUUCUAGUAUAGACUCAAUUGAUACAAUACCGUUUGCGAAUGAAAACACUGGAACAAUAAAACAGCGACUACUGAAUAGACAAGAACUUUCUGCAAAUGCAACCAAUUCUGUAGCACAAACAACUCUUGGCAGCCACUUACAUUCAUCAUCUUCAUCAUCGUCCUCGUCUUCGACUAAUACUAUAGCUAAUAUAGCACACUCAUUCCAUUCUUUGAAGUCAUCGUCCUCUCUACAUGACGCAUCCUUGAUAAGGAGCGAUAGCAUCGGUAGCACAGCUAGUGGUGGUAGUGUAGGUCUCACUCUGCUGCGAUCGCCAACAUUACAAUAUCCCUCGAUUCAGGCCGAGAGUGUACCAUCACUGGCGGGAGUUGAAAAUGCCAAUAUCGACGAAAAUAAUUCUGGUAAUUCAACAGAAGCAAGUGCCAUAACGAAUUCUAGUGCCUGUGGCAGUGAUGCAAAAAAUAUUUCAUCCUCAACAUCCAAUGGACCGAAAGUCUCUGUAAAUGUACUUAACGAUAUUGGUAAUAUGUUAGCAAAUCUAACUGAUGAAUUAGAUGCCAUGCUCGAGGAAGAAAAGCGUGUUGGCUUAAAUACUGACAGUGAAUAG